AGGGAUUCCAUGUGGAUGAAAAAGAAUAAGGACAUGAAGAACUAUUUGCCAAAAAAAUAAUCCAUUGGCUUCCUAUGAAGUAUUUCCUGAGAAGAUCUGAGAGUUCCAUUUUUGUUGCUGCUUAUAAUCAUUGUAGAAAAGAACACCGAACUUUGAAAAAAAUGUUAGAAACUAUUGAUAAAAAUCGAGCCCUGCAGGCAGCAGAGCGCUUGCAAGCCAAACUAAGAGAACGUGGAGAUGUAGUAAAUGAAGACAAGUUGAACCUUCUGAAGUCGGUCUUGCAGAGUCCGCUCUUCACUCAGAUUCUGAACCUUCAAACUUCUGUACAGCAACUGAAAGACCAGGCAAACAUUACAACUUCUGCAAUUUCAAAUAUUGACUAUGCCCACAUCCCACCUAUUGGCCCAGCUGUAAUUCCUGCUCUGCAAAAUGAAACCUUUUUAUCUUCCCUAAAUAAUGGGAAUUUGGACGUACCUACAGGAUCUGGUACUCCAUAUAUCAAUGGAAAACCUGCUUGUGAUGAAUUUGAUCAACUGAUAAAAAAUAUGGCCCAGGGUCGCCAUGUUGAAAUUUUUGAACUCCUCAAACCUCCUUGUGGGGGCCUCGGUUUUAGUGUUGUGGGACUAAGGAGUGAAAACAGGGGAGAAUUGGGAAUAUUUGUGCAAGAGAUCCAAGAGGGCAGUGUGGCUCACAGAGAUGGAAGAUUGAAGGAAACUGAUCAAAUCCUUGCUAUCAAUGGACAGGUUCUUGAUCAGACAAUCACACAUCAGCAGGCUAUCAGCAUCCUGCAGAAAGCCAAAGAUAAUGUCCAGCUAGUUAUUGCGAGAGGCUCAUUGCCUCAGCUCAUAAGUCCCAUAAUUUCCCGUUCUCCAUCUGCAGCCAGUACAGUUUCAGCUCACUCUAAUCCGGUUCACUGGCAACAUGUGGAAACCAUUGAAUUGGUGAAUGAUGGAUCUGGUCUGGGAUUUGGCAUUGUAGGAGGAAAAUCAACUGGUGUGAUCGUCAAAACUAUUCUGCCUGGAGGAGUAGCUGAUCAGCAUGGACGAUUAUGCAGUGGAGACCACAUUUUAAAGAUUGGUGACACAGAUCUUGCAGGAAUGAGUAGUGAACAAGUAGCACAAGUACUCAGACAAUGUGGAAAUAGAAUUAAGUUGAUGAUUGCAAGAGGUGCCAUAGAAGAACCAACAGCACCCACCUCUUUGGGCAUCACCCUUUCCUCAUCCUCAUCUUCUACUCCAGAGAUGCGGGUUGAUGCUUCUACUCAGAAAAGUGAAGAAAGUGAGACAUUUGAUGUUGAACUCACUAAAAAUAUCCAAGGAUUAGGAAUUACUAUUGCUGGUUACAUUGGAGAUAAAAAAUUAGAACCUUCAGGAAUCUUUGUAAAGAGUAUUACAAAGAGCAGUGCUGUUGAACAUGAUGGAAGAAUCCAAAUUGGAGACCAAAUUAUAGCAGUAGAUGGCACAAACCUGCAGGGUUUUACCAAUCAACAGGCAGUAGAGGUGUUGAGACACACAGGACAAACUGUACACCUGACACUGAUGAGGAGAGGAAUGAAGCAAGAAGCUGAGCUCCCAUCAAGGGAGGAAGUCACAAAAGAGGUGGUUUUGUCUCCUGUUGAUACCAGCAUAAGCAAAGAAAAAGAUGAAGAUUCUUUAUCUUUGAGGAGAAACACCAGCAUAUUACCAAUUGAAGAAGAAGGGUAUCCAUUGCUGUCAGCUGAGAUUGAAGAGGCAGAAGAUAUAAAACAGGAGUCUGCUUUGCUGACAAAGUGGCAAAGGAUUAUGGGAAUUAAUUAUGAAAUAGUGGUGGCGCAUGUGAGCAAGUUCAGUGAAAACAGUGGGUUGGGGAUAAGUCUGGAAGCAACCGUGGGGCAUCAUUUUAUCCGAUCUGUUCUACCAGAAGGUCCUGUUGGACACAGCGGGAAGCUUUUCAGUGGAGAUGAACUUUUAGAAGUGAAUGGCAUAACUUUGCUUGGGGAAAGUCACCAAGAUGUGGUGAAUAUUUUAAAAGAAUUGCCAAUAGAAGUGACAGUGGUGUGCUGCCGCCGAACUGUGCCCCCCUCCUCCCAAUCAGAAUUAGAUAGCCUGGACUUAUGUGAUAUUGAACUCACUGAAAAGCCUCAUGUAGAUCUUGGUGAGUUCAUUGGAUCCUCAGAGACAGAGGAUCCUGUCCUGGCAGCGCCUGAUGUGGAGGAAGUUCAAGGACCUUUGGCCAUGUGGGAGGCUGAUAUUCAGCACAUUGAGCUGGAAAAAGGGAGCAAAGGACUUGGGUUUAGCAUUUUAGAUUAUCAGGAUCCAGUUGAUCCAGCAAGCACCGUGAUCGUAAUUCGUUCACUGGUGCCCAGUGGCAUUGCCGAAAAGGAUGGGAGACUCCUUCCUGGAGAUCGACUUAUGUUUGUCAAUGAUGUUAACUUGGAAAAUAGCAGUCUUGAAGAAGCUGUCCAGGCACUAAAGGGUGCACCACCAGGGAUUGUGAGAAUAGGAGUUGCCAAGCCUUUACCUCUUUCACCAGAAGAAGGUUAUGUUUCUGCUAAAGAGGAGUCCUUUCUCUACCUGCCACACUCUUGCGAGGAGAGACUGGCUGACAAAGCCUUCUUCAGGGCUGACUUGGCUCUGGUGGACACAAAUGAUGACUUAGCAGAUGAAUCUACAUUUGAGUCUCAAUAUUCUCCUGAUAAUGAAAGUAUCUAUUCUACUCAAGCCUCUAUUUUAUCUCUUCAUGGCAGUACUUCUAGUGAUGGCCUGAACUAUGGUCCCUCCCUUCCAUCUUCGCCUCUCAAGGAUAUUACUGAAAAUUCUACAGAUCCAAUACUUGAUCUGCACAUGUCCUUGGAGGAACUGUACACCCAAAAUCUCCUACAAAGACAGGAUGAGAGUUCUCCUUCAGUAGACUUGAGCAUGGGACCGGCUUCUGGCUUUUCCUUGAAUGAUUAUAUACCUGCACAUGCUGUUGAGCAAUAUAAAUGUGAAAACACAGCAGUGUGGAAUGAACCUCACCUACCACAUGAAGUAAUAUCAAGUACAGAGCUUACGUCUCCUGUGCUACCUGAUUCUGUUGGAAAGGACUCCGAAUUCUUCGUUCAACAGAGCUCCCUGGCCUCUACUGCCGAGUGUGUCAUGCUCCAAAAUAUAUCCACAGAGUCAUUUGAAAGAACUAUUACUGUAGCAAAAGGCAAUUCUAGCCUAGGGAUGACAGUAAGUGCUAAUAAAGAUGGCUUGGGGAUGAUUGUUCGAAGCAUUAUUCAUGGAGGUGCCAUUAGUAGAGAUGGACGAAUUUCUGUUGGAGACUGCAUCUUGUCUAUUAAUGAAGAAUCUACUAUCAGUUUAACCAAUGCCCAGGCACGAGCCAUGUUGAGAAGACAUUCUCUCAUUGGACCUGACAUAAAAAUUACUUAUGUGCCCACAGAACAUUUGGAAGACUUCAGAGUAAGCUUGGGACAACAAUCUAGAGGAAUGAUGGCAUUGGAUAUUUUUUCUUCAUACACUGGCAGAGACAUUCCAGAACUACCAGAGCGAGAAGAAGGAGAAGGAGAAGAAAGUGAACUACAAAAUGCAGCAUACAGCAAUUGGAAUCAGCCCAGACGGGUUGAACUUUGGCGAGAACCAAGCAAGUCUUUGGGCAUCAGCAUUGUUGGUGGACGAGGGAUGGGGAGUCGUCUAAGCAAUGGUGAAGUGAUGAGGGGCAUUUUCAUCAAACAUGUUCUUGAAGAUAGUCCAGCUGGCAAAAAUGGAACCUUGAAACCUGGAGAUAGAAUAGUAGAGGUGGAUGGAAUGGACCUCAGAGAUGCAAGCCAUGAACAAGCUGUGGAAGCCAUUCGGAAAGCAGGCAACCCUGUAGUCUUUAUGGUACAGAGCAUUAUAAACAGACAAAGGAAAUCCCCUUUGCCUUCCUUGCCGCACAACCUUUACCCUAAGUUCAACUUCAGCAGCACUAACCCAUUUGCUGAUUCUCUACAGUUCAACGCUGACAAGGCACCCAGUCAGUCAGAAUCAGAGCCAGGAAAGGCUCCAUUGUGCAAUGUGCCUCCUCCCCCUUCUUCAGCAUUUGCAGAAAUGAGCAGUCAUCAUGCACAGUCAUCUGCAAGUGAAAUCUCAGAAGAUGUGGACAAAGAGGAUGAGUUUGGUUAUAGCUGGAAAAAUAUCAGAGAGCGUUAUGGAACCCUAACAGGCGAGCUGCAUAUGAUUGAACUGGAGAAAGGUCGGAGCGGCUUGGGCCUAAGUCUUGCUGGGAACAAAGACCGAUCCAGGAUGAGUGUCUUUAUAGUGGGUAUUGAUCCAAAUGGAGCAGCUGGAAAAGAUGGUCGAUUACAGAUUGCAGAUGAGCUUCUAGAAAUCAAUGGUCAAAUUUUAUAUGGAAGAAGUCAUCAGAAUGCUUCAUCGAUCAUUAAAUGUGCCCCUUCUAAAGUAAAAAUAAUUUUUAUCAGAAAUAAAGAUGCAGUGAGUCAGAUGGCUGUAUGUCCUGGAAAUUCAGUUGAACCUUUGCCUUCUACCUCAGAGAAUCUUCAAAAUAAAGAGGCUGAACCAAAUAUCCCUACUUCUGAUGCACCUGUGGACCUCAGUUUGUUUAAGAAUGUGCAACAUCUGGAGCUUCCCAAAGAUCAAGGGGGUUUGGGCAUUGCUAUCAGUGAAGAAGAUACUCUCCAUGGAGUCAUCAUAAAGAGUCUAACAGAGCAUGGGGUAGCAGCCAGGGAUGGACGACUCAAAGUUGGAGAUCAGAUCUUGGCUAUAGAUGAUGAAGUUGUUGUUGGUCAUCCUGUUGAAAAGUUUAUUAGCCUUUUGAAAACAGCAAAGACAUCAGUGAAACUUACUGUUCAUGCUGAGAAUCCAGAUUCUGCUUCAGCCACUGGAGAAAGAAAGAACAGCUCCCAAUCUGCAACAGCCCUUCCAUCUGGCUCCCAGGAACCAGAGCCCAUCCGAAGUACUAGCAGAUCAUCAACACCAGCAAUCUUUGCUUCUGAUCCUGCAACCUGCCCCAUUAUCCCAGGCUGCGAAACAACAAUUGAGAUUUCCAAAGGGCGAACAGGACUGGGCCUGAGCAUCGUUGGAGGGUCUGACACUCUGCUGGGUGCAAUUAUUAUCCAUGAAGUUUAUGAAGAAGGAGCAGCAUGUAAAGAUGGAAGACUCUGGGCUGGAGAUCAAAUUUUAGAGGUGAAUGGAAUUGACUUGAGAAAGGCCACCCAUGAUGAAGCAAUAAAUGUCCUGAGACAAACACCACAAAGAGUGCGUCUCACUCUCUACAGAGAUGAGGCUCCAUAUAAAGAGGAGGACGUUUAUGACACCCUCACCAUUGAGCUGCAGAAGAAGCCAGGAAAAGGUCUGGGAUUAAGUAUUGUUGGCAAAAGAAAUGACACUGGAGUAUUUGUGUCCGACAUUGUCAAAGGAGGAAUUGCAGAUGCUGAUGGAAGACUGAUGCAGGGAGACCAGAUAUUAAUGGUGAAUGGAGAAGAUGUCCGUAAUGCAACUCAGGAAACUGUUGCUGCUUUGCUAAAGUGUUCCCUAGGCACAGUAACCUUGGAAGUUGGAAGAAUCAAAGCUGCUCCAUUCCAUUCAGAGAGGAGACCUUCUCAGAUCAGCCAGAUGAGUGAGGGCAGCCUGUCAUCAUUCACUUUUCCACUUUCUGGAUCCAGUACAUCUGACUCCCUGGAAAGUAGCUCAAAGAAGAAUGCAUUGGCAUCAGAAAUACAGGGAUUAAGAACAGUUGAAAUAAAAAAGGGACCUGCAGAUUCAUUGGGAAUUAGCAUUGCUGGAGGAGUGGGCAGCCCACUUGGUGAUGUUCCUAUAUUUAUCGCGAUGAUGCAUGCAAAUGGAGUUGCAGCUCAGACUCAGAAACUCAGAGUAGGAGAUAGGAUUGUCACAAUCUGUGGAACAUCCACUGAGGGGAUGACUCACACACAAGCAGUUAACUUAUUGAAAAGUGCCUCUGGCUCCAUUGAAAUGCAGGUGGUUGCUGGAGGAGAUGUGAGUGUGAUCACAGGUCAUCAACAGGAACCUGCCAAUUCUGGACUUUCUUUUACUGGGUUGACAUCCAGCAGUAUAUUUCAGGAUGAUUUAGGACCUCCUCAAUGUAAGUCUAUUACUUUAGAUCGAGGACCAGAUGGUUUAGGCUUCAGUAUAGUAGGAGGAUAUGGCAGCCCUCAUGGAGACUUACCCAUUUAUGUUAAAACAGUGUUUGCAAAGGGAGCAGCUUCUGAAGAUGGGCGUCUAAAAAGGGGUGAUCAGAUCAUUGCUGUCAACGGGCAGAGUCUAGAAGGGGUGACCCAUGAAGAAGCUGUCGCCAUCCUUAAGCGGACAAAAGGCACUGUCACUUUAAUGGUUCUGUCCUGAAUUUGCAGCUAGAAUGGAGCCAUCUGAACCAUCACUCACAUCCCACACUUUUAAGAGAUUGGAGCUGCUCUUGUGGAUGACUAUUCCCCUGCUGUCGUCUUUGGGAUCUUCAGAACCAUAGGGGAAAAUUCCCUUAACUUAAGUUUGUUUUUCUCAUGUGGAAGUGAUUUUCUUACUAACAACCUGGCAUCAUUUUCCAUUCCUCUUGAAUUUAGCAAACUCAAACUCAAAGAGGACAAUUUGCAUAAGUAAAACCAGUCUUUCUUUGUAAAGAUAUCUGACAUCUUAUAGUCUUAUGGGCAAAAAUUAUUAAGUGCUAAACAGAUUAGUAGAGAGAAAAAUAAUUUUGAAGCUUGUCAAAGAAAAUGGCUUCAUGAAUUAGGGGGAAAAUUGAAAAUAU